AUCAACAGGAGGCGGACACACGGCUUUCUCCAGCUCUCACAGACCACACGCACUUUUCACGGAGGUUUUAUUGCGAUGCUGGAGCUCCAUAGCGGCCUGACAGCGACCUAAUUCUGGCAGACUCCUGUCUUUCAUUUGUCCUUUCUAGCAGGUGCACAAGGACGUUUCACCAGACACAGACCUUAAUGAAACUUCGUUCCGAUUCCAGAGCUGGAUUUGGCGUACACCAUGUUAAGGUAAAGCCUAAGCUGGCUGUGUUGAACAUGCUAAAGAGGCUGGACAAAAUAAGGUUCCGAGGGUCAAAGCGUGAUGAGUUCCUGGAUCUGGCGGAGUCCCCUACAGCCUCGGAUAACGAAGGCAUCGAGGACAUUAUGAUGAAGCCUCGGCUUUCCUUACGAGAUUCAGAAGAGCUGAGAGAACCGGUUGGAUCAGGAUCUCUCAACAUGGCUGGCGUGCAGGACUUGAGGAGUGACUCUGAACGUCUCAAUGAGGUUAAAGGUCAUCUAGAAAUUGCCUUACUGGAGAAGCACUUCCUGCAGGAGGAACUGAGGAAGCUGAGAGAGGAGACCAAUGUGGAGACGCUAAAGCAGGAGCUGGAGAGGGAGCGCUGCAGGAGGCUGGAGUUGGAGCAAAAGAUGAACGAUGUCUUGAAAGCCAGGUUAGAAGACUCUCCUCCACAGAUCUCCCGGAAGCAACCGUCACCGUCCGCAAACGGCACAGAGAAGCAACAAAAAGAGACCGUAUGGUCUCGACUGCAGAAGUGGCUUUACGACCGGUUCGGGGUUUACAUCGAGGACUUCCGUUUCCAGCCAGAGGAGAACACAGUGGAGCCCGAGGAGCCGCUCAGUGCUAAGAGGUUAACAGAGAAUAUGAGACGACUUAAGCGGGGUGCCAGACCUGUAACUAACUUCUUGAGGAACCUUUCAGCCUUAUCCAACUGGCACUCAGUGUACACUUCAGCCAUUGCCUUUAUUGUCUACAUGAAUGCUGCGUGGUACGGCUGGGCCAUUCCUAUGUUCCUGUUUUUAGCUAUUCUGAGGUUAUCCUUGAAUUACCUCAUUGCAAGAGGAUGGAGAAUUCAGUGGAGUAUCGUGCCUGAGGUUUCUGAACCUGUGGAACCUCCAAAAGAAGACUUGACUGUGUCUGAAAAGUUUCAGUUAGUUCUUGAUGUUGCACAAAAAGCACAGAAUCUUUUCGGAAAGAUGGCUGACGUGUUGGAAAAAAUCAAAAAUCUGUUCAUGUGGGUGCAGCCUGAGAUCACACAGAAGCUGUAUAUUGGUCUGUGGGUGGCCUUUAUCUCCUCGUGCGUCCUGCCUUAUAAACUCAUGGGCUUUCUUAUAGGGCUGUAUGCAGGCAUCAAAUUCUUCAUCAUCGACUUCCUGUUUAAAAGCUGUCCCAAACUUCGGGACAAGUAUGACACGCCGUACAUCGUGUGGAAUAACCUGCCUACAGACCCCCAGCUUAAAGAGCGCAGCAAUGCCACCAUGUCCAGACGGAUCCCGCCGGUGGUGUCACGGAGUAGCUUAGCAACCAUUCCCUCAGGAAUGAGCAGAGAGGACGACAGUGGCCGCUCACAUAACACCAAGAGAGGAGCCUUCCAUGAGAUCUUCAACCUGGCAGAGACAGAAAGGCCGCUCCCUGUGUGUGAGAACGGAUGGAGGUGUUGUUUGAUCAAUCGGGACCGAAAAAUGCCCACUGACUACAUUCGCAACGGUCUGCUCUAUGUUACUGAAAACUACUUGUGUUUUGAGAGCUCCAGUUCCAGAUCAGGCUCAUCCAAAAAGAAUAAAGUCAUAAAGCUUGAGGACAUCACAGAUAUCCAAAAGUAUAAGGUUUUGUCUGUUUUGCCUGGGUCAGGAAUGGGAAUCUCUAUCGCCACACCCUCAACACAGAAGCCCUUGGUGUUCGGUGCCAUGAUCCACAGAGACGAGGCCUUCGAGGCGAUCUUCACACAGUACAUGAAGAUUGUUACCACAGGCUGCCAUGAGACCUAGUGCAUCAUUGACCCUACGGAGAAGCUUUCACUUCUCUCUCUCACUCAUCUCUGGUUCCUGUCUCAAUGAGCAGGCUGGAACUGAGCAGUUUAGUCGAACUCAGCCUAGAUGAUCUCACGUGAUGGUUGAGAGCGAACAGCAGCACAUUCCUGUGGAGCUCAGGAGGCUGGACCUCCUCACCUGCCUGACUACACACUCUCUGAGGAGCGAGUGUAGAGCUGCAUAUAGACUUUAGUGGUACACGUUUCUCAACACUUUUUUUCUGCCGUUCUGAUUCGGUGUGUUUAUUUGUCAAGACUUUGCUUCGUAAUGUCUGUCAGGAAAGCGUGCACGUUGAUCACUAACACCAUGCAAAAUUACUGAUAAAGCCUGUUCGUGUUAGUUUACAUGGUUGCUUUCACAAACACACAACACAGUCAUACAAGCACAGUUGACUCAACCUUCAUUAACACUCUUUUAACUGUAGCACAACCAUUAUCAAAGCUGUUUCAGGAUGUUGAAUUGGAAUUCACUGAUUAAUAAACCUACUAUGUUUAGAUACAGAAGUAUUAUAAUCACCUUACAGAAAGUAAUAGUAGAAGUCAUUAAUACAAGGAGUCAUUAAUUUCCAGGAGCAAGUAGCGGAUCUAGAUUUUAUUAAAGCUAAGUCUGAUAGAUUCUCCAAAGAUGAGGUAAAGCCAGCCGUAUAACGAUGUGAUGUAUGGAGUUAUGGAGUUAUAUUAACUGAACACACACCACCUCCUUGUCUCCUUACAACUAUCCAUCACCCAACCCAAUCUUUAGUGUGCUCCGAGUACUCUUUUCUUUUACAACUCCACUCUCACACACACCAUGUCAUUUAGUUCAGGGCGAGCUCUGCACUCACAAACCACUGUCAUGUACAUGGCUGAAUGUGAAUAUGAGGAUUUCAUCUGAGCACCUUUUUUUGAAGUAUAAAUACCAGAUCAGUUCAUCUUCAAACGCCACACUGCAACGCUAGACGCUGAACCAGAAACUAACAUCAGCUCAACGCACCACUGGCAUAUGAUAUGAGAUGCAUUCUGUCAUUUUAAAUCUGGAGUUGCAGCAGGUUUAUUAAGUAGAGACCAUAAUCUGUAUCAAAAGCUUGCUCGAAGGCUGGUUCGGGCGCUCAGAGAAAAUCUCGGCUUUCAUACUGGGUCAAUAUUGUUGUGAAAUUCAAACAAAUAUCGACUGAACCUCAAGCAAGGGAUAAGGCAUUUACUGCCUUUUAGAAUGCUGCCGUCAUAUCCAGAUGCUAGUAAGUAUUUGUCUCUCUCAUCCUCCUCUCCUUUUAGUUACUCGUUACAGCACAAUCCCUUGAAGGCACAGCACAGUUGAAGGCAAAGAACAGUUUAGUUCAACUGGCUGAAAAGUAGCAUUUCUCUCAUACAGUAUGUCUGAAAAGUGUUAAUAUCUCCUUAUGCUUGCUUUCAUUCUCUAACUGUAAGACUGCACACUUUGAGGCCUCACAGCUACUGUACAGAGUCUCAGGUUCAAUCCCGAGCCUUUUUACUGUCUGUGUGCAUGUUCUCUUAGUGUCUGCAUAGGCUUCCUCUUGGAUCUCUGAUUUUCCCCCAAAAAAACAUACUAGUAUCCAGUGCUAUUUUAUCAACCGUGAUAUUUCCAUUAGCAUCAAGCCGAGACUUUCUUUUGUGCCAAAAGUAUUCAAAUGGGCUUCUGGGUUACAGUGACUCACAAUGAUGGAGUAGGUCACAUAUGUUUAUAACAGCAGAGUGCUAGACUGUGUGAGUGUGAGUUGUAUGAUUGGAUGAGAGUGUGUGUCGAAAUGCAAAUAUUCAUCCUGAGCAAAUGUCACGUCAUGUAGUUUUUGAUUAACAUGUUUUCAUUGGAGAUUUAUUUUACACUUUGCUACUGAUUAUCCUGACCACUGACGACAUCAGCCGUAUGGUAUUGAAUGUACAGUAAUCUGAGCAACCAGUGUUAGCGAUCAGAAGGUAAUGAGUUUAAAUCUCAGCACUGCCCAAGACCCACGCUAAAAACCUUUAACUCGCAACACACUCAGAUGGAAGCUUGCUUCAUUUUCUGCACACUUUAGCUAACAGCGUCCGUAAAGUGAGUCCAUAUAAAUUUCCCAAAGCUUUUAACAUGGCUCUUUGUAGUCGAUAAUCAUCUUUUUCUGACUGGAGUUGAUUUCUGGUCCAAGUCCUGCACUUGCACUAAAAAAAUGCACAGAUUAUUUUGUCUGAAAACUAGUUUUGCCAAAUAUUUCUUGUAUUCUACUCUUCUUUCUCAUUCAUUUGAUUUGUAUUAGCCAUGGUCUGUGUACAACAUGUUUACAGGAAGGGUUAGUUAAAAUUUAUGUUGUGCCUCAGUUUGAACCAACAGGGAUAUGAGAACAGAGGCGAGAUCCAUCAUGGGAUGGUCAAUGAUUGUCACUGUGUUUCUCCAGUUCUGUGCUUACUGAUAUAUUUGUUUUAACUGUGUGAAAAUGUUUGCUAAAUAUUUUUUAUAAGAUUAGCACACAAUAUACUGAAGAAGUAGAAAUUUAUAUUGUCGAGAUGUGUGAAUUAUUAUUCGCUAUUACUGUUGCUGGAGUAAAACGGUAAUUGAAGAUAAGAUAAAGGGUUUCAUAUACAGUGCAAUGCAGUAACAUUAGAACCACUUUUAUUUUUUUUUGUUGUUUCUUUUGUGUUGUUUUUUUUUUAGAGAACUGUGUCUGUUAUAAAAUCUUAAUGUGUUGU